UGGCUUGGUAAUUUCAAUACAUUGAUACUUGCUAAAUACAAAUAAGUUUACCUAUUUAAAUUUUGUAAGUUUUAUAAAAUAAUAUAAAAUUGUAAUUAAAAUUAGUAUUUGGAGAAAUACGCGAUUAAAAAUGGUUCGAGGAAUAAUUAGAGGCGGACGUGGUGUUAUGCGUGGUGGAAUAAGACCACCAUUCAAGAAAACUUUUGUUCCCCGCCAUCCAUUCGAUUUAACUUUGGCAGAGGUCCUCUUUCCUAAAGUAUCACCAGUAGUUGACGAUGCCGCACUUACUUCUGCGCUAUUAAAACGUAACCAGGAUUUGAGUCCAUCUCCAUCGGAGCAAACAACUAUAGCUAACCUAGUUUCAAAAGUACAAGCUGUUCUUGACAAUCUUGUUGUGGCACCCGGUGAUUUUAGUACUUGUCAACUGGACGAGGUUCGACAAGUUGGAUCCUUCAAAAAGGGUACAUUAAUAACUGGAAAUAAUGUUGCCGAAGUAGUUGUAAUCCUUAAAACAUUGCCAACAAAAGAGGCUUGUGAAGCCUUGGCUAAAAAAGUUGAAGCUGAACUGAAAAAUGCAAUGAAAACAGAAGUUCUUACCAAAGCCGACCAGUUAACUACGACAAUGCACGAUCGUGGAUUUAAUAUUGCUAAUUGGCAAGCAAAAGUUUGCGUUUUAAUUGCAACAAUACCACAAAAUAUUCGUAAGCUCGAAGCAGAUAUUCAUUUGGAUCCCAAAGCCAUGCAAGCCCAUUUAGCUGCAAUAAGGCAUACAAGAUGGUUUGAAGAAAAUGCUCAUCAUUCUUCAAUUAAAGUACUUAUUCGUAUAUUAAAAGAUCUAACCACUCGUUUUGACGCAUUUUCUCCGCUUUCUCCAUGGAUGCUGGACUUAAUUGCUCAUCUUGCUAUUAUGAACAAUCCAAGCAGACAAGCACUUCCUAUUAAUCUUGCAUUUCGUCGCGUUUUCCAGCUUUUGUCAGCUGGGCUAUUUCUUCCGGGUUCGGCUGGAAUAACGGAUCCCUGCGAACCAGGUCAUAUACGUGUGCACACAGCAAUGACCUUAGAACAGCAAGAUAUGUGCUGUCUCACAGCACAAACAUUGCUGCGAGUACUCGCACAUGGAGGUUAUAAACAUAUUUUAGGUUUGGAAGGGAACACAAGUAUUGCAAGGGAAAUGUCAGUGUGGGACGGAGUUGUUGUUUCACCAUUGGAACAUGUUUAUGAAAAGCCUGUUGACAAAAAGGACGGCGAAGACGAGGAUAUGGAAGAAGUUGAAAAUGCUGGAGUUGUCGAAGAUGAUACCAUGGUAGAGUAACACACUGUCGAAUUGUUUGCAACGAAAAACAAUGCAAAAUAUUAAAAUACAAAUAAAUAAACAACAGUCAAAAACUUAAA